AUGUUCGAAGAUGGUGCUGAGUUUUUCUUGGUAGCAGAUGGGGAUGAUGGAUCCGAGUUCAUGUCACCUGAUGAAGAGUUGGAGUUGAAACUUCUGACCUCCCAUACCUUACCUCUUUGGUGGACUUCAGCCUUACAAGCGGAUGCAUCCUCCGAACGUGCCGCGCACCAGAUCGAUUCGCUAUGGCAAUGUGAGCUGUCCCACUAUGAGAGGGGAACGUGCUACCAUGCCAAGAUUGGCCGUGGGGUCAUGAUUUGGAACACCUCCGAAAGCAUGUGCCAGGGUGAUUUUGACCAUGUCGGUCAGGAUGUCAAGGACAAGGGGUCCUACUACACGUUUGCUCGUUCUGGUCAUGGGACCCAGACCUACGCAAACACCCAGGAGUGCUUACCAUUUGCUCGGCGGCGGGAGCUCCAGGUGGAAAUCGGAGAGCUGCAUGGUGAUGCACAGCCUGGCUGCGCGGGCUGCGCGUCCGAUAUGAAGGUGUCGGUGUCUAUCAUCGUGCUGCUCUUGCACAUCAGGCUGACUAGUGGCGCACGGGCCUUUGAUCACGACCUGGACCCGCCCAACACCAUAGCCCAGCCGAACCAGCCAAACGAGCCAAACGCGUCGAACGAGCCCAACCAGCAGGAGGAGGACGGGCAGGUUGUCUCCAAAGACGCCUUGCUCGGAACGAGACGGUCUCGUGGAUGUGGUCACCUGGUCACUCCGUGCUCGAAUGAGUCCUUUUCAUUGGAGGUUGGCAUAUUGCUUUGGACACCGCAAGCGCUCCGGGUGGACGGCGCAGGUGCAGGCUUCGCCGAUGCCACCCUCAAACCAGUGGCUUGGCAUCGCGCAGCCUUCCAAUCGCUGGCAAGUCAUGCUGCCGGAAUAGUUGGCUUCGCGGGAUUUCAGUACCUCGUGGUGGCCAAAAUUUUGAUGACGGAUCCGUGUAGCCCGUUCUCUUUGGCCAACGUCCUGCUCUACAUCACCCUUGCUUUAUCAAUUGCAGCCGUCAUGGCCAGCUGCAUGUUUCUUUGCAUUGACUACAUGCGACGCUUGGCCAUUGACACCGCCCGGCAGAAGCGCAUCCGAGUUAUGGUCGAAGCCCAGAAGCUUGAGCAAACAGGUCUUGGCCAACUCAUCAUCAUCCUGGCGGGGCUGAUGCUCCUGCUCUAUGUGCUGGAAAUCGCCAAGGCAGCCUGUAGAGAUGAGAAAGACGAUCUAUUCUGGUACGUGUGGGUGCUUCUACGCAGCGCGGGUGGCUGCAUUUCAGUGGCGCUCUUCUAUGGGAACUUGCGGGGGCUUCAUGAAUCACCCAAAAUGCACAUCCAUUUUGCGUCCUUCAGCGCCAAGGAGGAGAUGAAGUUGGCCGACUUUCUCCAUCGAGAGUCGCCCCACGGCACGUGGUUGCCUCCUUGGGUGACGAAUACUUUGACAAAGUUCGGGGGCGACGAUUUGGCACUAUUUGCCAACAAAGGGAAUCGCCAAGCUUUGUUCCCAAAUUGCCGGUUUUCUCCACUGCUGCAUUUGCUUGGCUUCUUACUCUUCAUUGGAAUCUCCCCACUAGGCAUCCACAUGGCGAUCCAGCAGCUGUUCGUGGAGCCGAAGUUGAAUGAGUUGAAACAUUUAAGUGGAACACUGGCAGAAGUCUCGCCCAGAACUCAAGCGUCAGCAUGGCAGCUCGUGGGAAGUCUGGGAAGUCCCGAGCAGCUCAGCCGGUACCAAGAAUUUGUGUUUCUGCUGAGCUCUGGGAUUGGAAAGAUACAAGUGACGCCAGAGUACCGACAUACUUGGAGUGUCAGAUUGUGUUGUGAGAACUGCACAAGGCAAUACUUGGGCCAUUCCCUGAUCAAGUUUCAUGACAAGCCCUUGGAGUUUGAGGUAUCAAGCAAUUCAUCAACCUCUACAAACUGCACCUUGAGCUUGUUGGGCCUGAGCCGGGAUACUGUGACCAACGUGUCAUUGAUCGUAGUGCCCAAGGAAAACCAUCACCUUUGCGAUUGCUCAGGGGGUGUGUGCAAGUGCUGCGAGAAGUUCCAAGGUCAAUGGGAUUUCCGUCAGUGGAACAGCAUGACAGUGGCCCGCCUGGCUGGUACUAUAUGUGUUGGCUCGCCUUGCAUCGGCGAGAGGGUGAAUGGACUACCAGGUCCUAAGUGCAAAUGCAAAGACAGCUACUUUGGCCAGCCAAAGCUGAUAGGCAACAACUUAACAGAUGCCGGGUGCACUGCUGCACGUUGCGACAUUCCCAACUCCAACCGGCUGUUUGGUGCAGAUUGUGCUUGUGCAGAUGGGUUUGAUGGCAAGAUCACAUGGACUAGGACCAUCCCUAAUGGGCAGUGUGUUCCUGCUAAAUGUCACAUAUUGAAUUCGACCAAGGAACCAGGGCUGAAAUGCCGAUGUUUGAACGGCUUCACUGGCAGUAUACGAUGGAACGGCUCAGAGGCAGAAGGUGAUUGCACGCCAGCGCCAUGUAGUCUGCCCAAUUCCACCAAUGAGCCCGGGCUAAGCUGCCGUUGCAGGGAGAAGUAUGUAGGAACCAUUUCAUGGAUUGGGUCCACACCCGUGGGCACUUGUGAGCCAGCACACUGCAGUGGACCUAGGGUCAACGGACUGCCUGGCCCGGCCUGCAGAUGCAAAGAUGGUUUUACAGGCGAGCCUGAGAUGAACGGGGACAUCUUGACAGAUUAUGGGUGCAGCCAUGCUUCGUGCAACAUCCCAAACUCUACGGAGGAAGGUGGCUGGUGCAGAUGUCGGGACGGCUUUGGGGGAAUGAUCAGAUGGAAGGGUGCUGAGGCCUACGGUUUUUGCAAGCCGGCUCCUUGCCCAAUUCCAAACUCGAACAACAUGCCAGGAGAUCAGUGUCGCUGCUUAAAAGGCUAUAUAGGCCUUAUCGUCUGGGAUGGGCCACAGGCAAAGGGUUCAUGCACCGAAUUGCCGUGCGUGGGCGAAUUCACCAACGGUGUCAGCGGUCCAGGCUGCAGGUGCCGAGAUGGUUUUGCAGGAGUCGUCAAUCGAACCAAUCGCCUGCGCAGGCGCGGAGAAGUCAGGAGAAAGCAUGCUGUAUUGAACUCCAAGGAAUACAGGCGGGAACCCAUUCUGCGCGGCCAUUGCGAACCUGCACCUUGUAACGUACAGCACUCCAACCAGCAGCCGGGCAAAUUGUGUAAAUGCCUACGUGGCUUCAUUGGCUUCAUUACUUGGAAUGGCCCUACGGCACUGGGCACGUGCAAUCCCGCUCCAUGCUCUAUCGAAAACUCAAACAAAAAGAAGGGUUUUAACUGUAGCUGUCUUGAUGGCUACGGUGGAAACAUCUUCUGGACAGGAUGGAAGGCUUUCGGGACAUGUCUUCCAGCCGAUUGUACGGUUCUACAUUCUGACUUCGUGCCAGGUGUUGGUUGCAAAUGCUUGCCAGGUUUCUAUGGCCAAAUCACGUGGAAAGGACAUGUGCCACAAGGAGAGUGCCUUCCAAUGCCAACAUGUUCCAACGCUUUGAUCCACAUCGUUUCUCUGAAGAGCAAACAACAUGAUUUAGAGGGGCAUGCUUGUGAUCUUGGUCAGCAGCUAGUGCUCCAUGGGCAUGCAGAAGGACAGAAUAUCCGAUGGACACGUGUGGAAUCUAAGCCCCGUGGAAGGUGCAAGUGGAAUUUAUCGGAAGGAGAACCUUGGCGACUCUUCUCUGAGGUUUCCCCAGGACCACCUAUGGAGUGCUCAAUUGAAGCGGCCCGGCCUAGGUGUGACUCAGAGAUCCGUUACAGCAUCACCAGCCUUCAGGCGUCCAGUUUUAGCUGCCGCCAAGGGGUCGGCCACAUGCCGCUGGAGUUCCCCCAACGCGUUGAGUUCCGAGGCAGAGUGUGUGGCUAUGAUUUGAUCCAAUGGGAGAGUGUGAAGAUUCCACUGGAACCAGAGAGUGUUUGUGAGAUCGAUCGUCAGGGUUCACCCUGUGGUGGGAUUCCUCAUGGUGAACACCUACCGCAUGGGUGUUUGCAUUUAGCAGAGCCUGCAGUCUUCGAGAUGCGUACAACAUGGUUCACGGUUCAGGCCACAUCACGCUACAGAGGCUUCCGUUACUCUGUGAGGUUCUUUGACAACGGUAUGGCCAGCAUGUGUCAUGGUCACACUGCAAGCAGGCAAGAUGAUGCACUAUCCUGUCACUGGUCGAGUGGUUUGUUUGCAGAUGAAUGGCACCUCAAUUUUCGCAUGCCAGCUGUUUUCGAGAAUGGGAUGGAGCUUGCAUUUCGACGUGUGGAAGCAGAUGAGGACAACGCCUUUGGGUUGGGAUCUGCUUUCCGAGUGCUAGAUGCACACGAUGAAAAUCUCAUUCUCACGUCGCAUCAACACCUACCCUCUUGGUGGGUUUCAACCUUUGAAAGAGACUGGGCGCACGACGGCAACAUCGAGGCGUUGUCGUGGCAAUGCCAACUUUCCCACUUUCAGAACGGCACAUGCUACCAAGUCAAAGUUGGUGUGGGGUUGUGGAUUUCCGAAACGAGUGCCUGCGGUGACUUGUCGGACCAUGUCAGCACGAAGUCCGUCACAGACAAUAAGUACUACACAUAUGCUCGGUCCUCUCGUGGGAGUCAAAUCUAUGUGAGCACGCAGGAAUGCUUGCCACUUGCAUCUCGCUACGAGCUUCAGGUAGAAGUUGUAUCCCUCAGCGGGAAUACAGGUCCAGUGGCUUUGGAGGUUGCGAGUGCGGACACCCGGUGCCGCAAGACCCUUCGUUUUGUGGCGAAAGCUGAAGAUCUAAGCAAGUGCAAGAAUCAUGAUGGGGAUCCGGAAUAUGAGCAUCUCCAAAGAAUCAAGCAUUUGUUCGGCUUCGAAGAGGAUGAUGAGGAUGAGGAUGGCAUGUAGAUGGAGGUUUCCUGAUCCGGAGCAGGCCGCAAGCUCCACUCUACAAAGAUGGAAGCAACCCGAGCGUGU